AUGGAGCACAUAUUGAUGAGGCCAGAUACAUAUAUUGGUUCAGUUGAAUAUCAAGAAUAGCUGAUGUGGGUUUAUGAUUUUAAAAAUGAGAGAUUUAAGGAAAAAAAGAUUUCUUAUGUUCCAGGACUCUACAAAAUAUUUGGUCACCUUCUAACAUCCAGUAACUAUGAUGAUUCUGAUAAAAAGGUUACAGGAGGAAGAAAUGGUUAUGGAGCUAAAUUAGCGAAUAUAUUUUCAAAGGCGUUUACAGUUGAGUGUGCAAGUGCUAAAUGCGGUAAAAAAUAUAAAUAAGUCUUUGAAAAUAAUUUAUCAACUAUUAACUCACCCGAUAUCACAACUUAUGAAAAGUCCAAAUCAUACACUAAAAUUACAUUUGAGCCAGAUCUUAAGAAAUUUGGGAUGAAAAAGCUUGAGGAUGAUAUAGUGAGUUUAUUGGCAAAAAGAGUUUAUGAUUUGGCUGGAAUACUUCCAAAGUCAGUUAAAAUUCAAUAUAAUAGUAAGAAAAUUGAUUUCUAAAGUUUUGAGGAUUACAUAAAAUACUAUUUCAAGGAAAAAGAUUUGCCUUAAAUGUUUGUUUAAAGAUUUGGAGAGCAUUGGGAGAUUGGAGUCGUUGUUUAGGAUUUUUAGGAUCAAUUCUAGCAAGUAAGUUUUGUUAAUAGUAUCUGGACUAUAAGAGGAGGAACUCAUGUUAAUCACGUCACUGAUUAGAUAGCAUAAAAUUUAAUUGAGCAGAUUAAUAAGAAACACAAGAAAAUAGAAAUUAAGCCUUUCUAAAUAAAAUAGUCUCUCUGGAUAUUUAUUAACUCAUUAAUCUACAAUCCUUCAUUUGACUCGCAAACUAAGGAAACUUUAACUUUAAAGGCAAGCAGUUUUGGAUCAAAAUGUGAAAUAUCUGAGAAGUUUUUGAAAUAAUUAAGUAAAUGUGGGGUAAUCGAAUCAAUAGUUGAAAGAGCUGAGUAAAAAGAAACUAUGAAGCUAAAAAAAGAACUUGGAACUAAUUAGAAAAAAUCAAAGCUUUUUGGAAUUCCUAAGUUGGAGGAUGCUAAUAAAGCUGGAACAAGUGAAUCUAGUAAAUGCACCUUGAUCUUAACAGAAGGAGAUUCAGCAAAAUCAUUAGCAAUGAGCGGUAUUUAGGUUGUUGGAAGAGAUUAUUAUGGAGUAUUUCCACUCAAAGGUAAAUUAAUAAAUGUAAGAGAUAUUGGUAUCAAAUAAGCCCUUGCAAAUGAUGAAAUUUCAAAUAUCAUUAAGAUUCUUGGAUUAUUCCUUGGGACUAAAUAUAAUAAUCAAAACAUAAAUACUUUGAGAUAUGGCUCUAUUAUGAUUAUGGCUGAUUAAGAUCAUGAUGGAUCACAUAUAAAAGGCUUAGUCAUUAAUUUCAUUCAUCAAUUGUGGCCAUCAUUAAUACAAGAUGUACGAAGCUUUGUGAAAGAAUUUGUAACACCAAUUAUCAAAGCUUCCAAGGAUAAAGAAAAGCAUUAAUUUUUUACGAUAUCAGAAUAUGAAAAAUGGGCUCAAUAGAAGGGAUAAGCAUUAAAGAACUAUAAAAUUAAGUAUUACAAAGGUUUAGGUACCUCAACUUCUGCUGAAGCUAAAGAGUACUUUAAAGAUAUUGCUAAUCAUUAAAUUAAGUUCAAAUACUUAGGUGAGAAUGAUGAUGAAAAAAUCAAAUUAGCAUUUGGUAAAAAUUUCAGUGAAGAUAGGAAAAAUUGGUUAGCAAACUUUAACCCUAAUAUCUAUGUUGAUCACAGGCAAAAAGAAUUAACAUACGGAGAUUUUAUUGAUAAAGAGCUUAUCCACUUUUCUAUUGCUGACAAUUUAAGAUCCAUCCCAUCAUUAAUGGAUGGACUAAAGCCAGGCUAGAGAAAGAUUUUAUUUGGCUGUUUUAAAAGAAAGCUUAAAGCUGAAAUCAAGGUUGCUUAGUUAUCAGGCUACAUAGCAGAAUAAACUGCCUAUCAUCAUGGUGAAAUGAGUCUUUAAAUGACUAUUGUAAAUAUGGCCUAGGACUUUGUAGGUAGUAAUAAUUUAAAUCUCUUAAUGCCAAUUGGUUAAUUUGGGACCAGAAUGAUGGGAGGUAAAGACUCAGCCUCAGCUAGAUACAUUUUUACUAACCUUAGCAAUCUGACUAGAGUUUUAUUCAAUGAGCAAGAUGAUCCUUUGCUAAAUUACUAAAUUGAAGAAGGAUUAAAAAUUGAGCCUCAAUUCUAUCUUCCUAUACUUCCAUUGGUAUUAAUUAAUGGAUGCGAAGGAAUUGGAACUGGAUGGUCGACCUAUAUUCCAUGCUAUUCUCCAAUAGAUAUCAUCUAAAAUAUCAAGAGAAAGCUGAAUGGUAAAUAAUUCCAUAGAAUGAAACCAUGGUACAAAGGUUUCCAAGGUUUAAUUGAGGCUAGAGAAUAAGAUUAGACUUAAUAUUCCAAUUAUGGCAAAUAUGAAAUAGUAGGCUCAAAUAUACUAAGAAUAACUGAAUUACCACUGAGAGUCUGGACAAGAGAAUUCAAAAAUCAUCUGGAGGAAAUGGCUUAAAAGCAAGAUGAAAUAAAGGAUAUAUAAGAAAAUCAUAAGGAUAAUAAAAUAAGCUUUGAAAUUACAACUACCAGUAAUUUGGUUCUGAUCAAUUUAAAACAUGAAGAUAUUGAAAAGCGCUUCAAACUAAAGUAGAACCUAAGUUGCAACAAUAUGGUAUUAUUCAACAGUCAAGGGAAACUUUAGAGAUAUUAAAAUGAAUGUGAAAUUCUAGAUGAAUUCUACAAUCUUAGAUAUGAACUUUACAGAAAAAGAAAGGAGAAUAUGCUUAAACAGAUGAACCAAAAAUUUGAGAAGCUAUCUAAUAAAUACAGAUUUAUCUCUGAGAUCAUUGAUGGUUAGCUAUAAAUUUUCAAAAAAAAGAAAGAUUAAAUAGUGUAGAUGUUAAUUGAUAACAAUUACAAGACCUAUCAAUAAAUCUAUGAUCUAAAGAGCAAAAUAAAUCCACUAGAGGCAACUCAUAACAUAUAAAAUGAAGAAUCAGGAGAUAAAUCAGGAAAGAUAUCAGACAAAGAUGGGCUUAAAAAUCAUCCUUAUGGAUAUCUACUCCAGAUCAAUAUGUACUAAUUCACUUAGGACAAAUUAUUAGAACUGAAGAAUCAGAUGCAAUAAUAGAAAGAUAUGCUAGAGUAGUUAAAUGCUAAAUCAAUUGAGUUGCUAUGGCUAGAUGAUCUCGACCUCUUUGAAAAACUCUAUCUUAAGAAUUUGACUGACAUUGAAAUUUAAUACCAUGAAGAACAUAUGAAUUCUUAUAAUAAAAAUAGAUAGAUAUUUUAGCCCUAAUAAAGGGAAAAUUUGUCAGUGGCAUAGAAUCAAGAAACUACUUUACAUACAAAAGUGGAUGAUCUAAUGCAAAUCAAUUCAGAGAGAGUUAAAGAACUUAUGCCGCAAGCAGUUCAUAGAUAAGUUUCAUAAAUUGAGCCUACAAUAAAAAAUGGUCCUAAGGAAUAGAUAAUCUAAAAGAAAUAGAUGGAUGAUGAUGAUGAAGAAAAUAUUACCAGAACUAAAUAAAUCAGAAGAUUUAAUAGAAUUCUUAACGAUGAUGAUGAAAAUGAAAUGUCAAUCGAGGAAACUAAGGAAAUUCCAAAAUAAGUAGAAUAAAAAUCGAAUCUCAGUUCUUCAGUAAAGUCUAACAAUAAAGCCGUAAAAGAGCAAAAAUCUGAUGGCAGAAAAAGAUUAAAUAGAUCCAGUGAAAAUAAGAAUAAUUAAAAAAGGUUAAGAGAGUAAAAAAGAAAAAGAAAAAUCUAAGAUUCUGAAUCCGAUGAAGAAGAAGAUGAAGAUUCUAAUGAUAGUAGUGGAUCAGAGAUCAGUUUUAGUAAUAUAGAUGUAUCUCAUGAAAUGGCAGGAUAGAAAAGAACAACUCGAUUAUCAGCUAAAAAGAAUCAAAACGAAUCACCUACAAGUAAAUAAAAACUGACCCCAAAACAUAUUGACAAACAUCGUUCUAUAAUCGAUACUUAAGAUAAUAAGCAAUAAGCAAUUAAAUCAUCAAGGAAAAUAUGUGAUAAAGAGGAAAUCAAACUAUCUGAAAAGAAUGUAGACAAUAAAAUUGUAAAACCAAUGACUACUUAAAAUAACUUGAAAUAAGGAUAAAUAAGCUUUAUAAAGAAAUAGGUUGAAGAUAAGUUUGAGUAAAAGUAGGAUUCAAAAUUGAUAAAAACUUCAGCUUCUGAGGAUUAAUAUGAUAUUUUAACAUCUCUUGCUAAAAAGAGAGAAGAAAAUUUGUUGUUAGGAAGAUCCAAAUAAAAGCAAAAUUCUUACCUAAAUCAUUCAAAUAAUUAUAUCGUUCAAAAACUAGAUGAUAUCACCGAACCACCUUCAUUAAUUGAGAGAUUAAACCAAAUUUCAUUAUAGGAUUCCUUGAAGUAAAUUUAAGAAAAAAAAUGA